AUGCAGCUGUUGCGGACAACGGUACCCGAGGUCGAGAGCUCAUAUACAUACCUCCUCGUCCCUGACCGCGUUGGCCUGGGCGCCGCAAAACGCCGUCGCCAGUACCAGACCCUCGCCAUCUGGGCCUCGAUCUCAGCCGGCAGCCUCUACACCUUUUACACCGCGCCUUCCCCCGCCCUCCGCGCCGCUGCCAUCGGCCUCGUCUUCCCCGGCGCUGGCCUCUUCGCUGUUGGCACUCUGCCGUCUCUCCUCCUCUGCUUGCUCACCCUGCUUCUAAUCCCUCUUGUCCUCUUCGCCUGGUUCGGCGCCGGCGGUCUGGCUUUCCCCACCGCUCUUUGGCUCGGCAGCACCGCACUCUCCGCCCUGCUCGCCCGCGAUACCCUCGUCAGUGCCGCUGGGCCGCUCAGCCUGGCCCUCUGCUAUUCCGGCAUCGCUUACCUCGCCUACAAGACCUCGCAGGCUAACAGAGAGGCUCGUGAGAAGCGCACUCGUCGGAAUGAGUAUGUGGUUGACUCGGUGCGCAAGAUGCAGACGGAAGGGCAGAAAGCUGCCCCUGGCUCUCGUGAGUUGUCGCUGAGAGAUCUGCGCUUCAUCCAGUGGUUCAUCGAGCUCGGCAUGCGGCCGAUGGACGAUUUCGCCUACCAUGACGUGAUCGACCAGUUCCAGACGGCCGCGAUACGGUAUCAGUUGUACGAGGCAACGAGUGAUUUGGGGCUGUAUCAGUUUGUGUAUACGCCGAACUUCCAUGGGUAUCUUUCAGAGGCGAUGAGGAGGACUAUUGAGAAGAGUUUGACGGAGAGGGUGGUGGGGUUCUGGAAGUGGGAGAGUCUGUGGGGGAAGGGGAAGGUGUCUGACUGGGACCCCAUCGCCGAAGACAACAUCAUGGUCUCGGGCUACGUGCUGCAAGCCGUCGGCAUCUACCAGUCCAACACGGGCGACGACCGCUACACGAAGCCCGGCUCGUUGACGUUCGAAGUGGCCAAGGACAAGAAGUAUCCGUACGACUUCAAGCGUAUCGCCGAUGCCGUGAAUCGGCAAUGGGAGGAUGGACCGUACUGUCUUUUCUCCUGUGAGCCGAAUUGGAUAUAUACCAUGUGCAAUCUCACGGGCGCCUCCGGCAUCACCCUCGCCAGCCGCCUCCUUAAUGUCCCCUGGGCGGAUAAGAUCAAAUCCCGCUUCGAGAAAGCCCUUGACGAGGACUUCACACAACAAGACGGCACCGUCAUGACCAUCCGCAGCGAACUCACUGGCUUUACCAUCCCAGGCCUAGCAGGCCGCCUCUCCGACGGCAUCAACGCCCUCCUCUGCGCCGCGUUCCUGCCCCACAUCGCGCACCGCUGCUGGUCGUUUGUCCUCCGAGAAUCCAUCAACCAGCAUUCAGAUGGUAGUAUCACGCUCGAGAACCUCGAGGGGGCGGAUAAAUUGGAUCCGGGGAAUUAUCGCCCGGGCGUUGGGUUCACCCGUGCAGUUUUCGCAGCGGCGGCGGCGGAGUACGGGCAAGAGGGUGUGAGGAAGGAGCUGUUGCGGGAGUUGGACGAGGUGGUGCAUCCGGUUUUCGAGACGGAGACGGGGAGUUUGAAGAACAAGGGUUUGUCGACGAUUGGACAAGGCAGCGCUAUGAAAGCUCGACUGUGCGGCUACCAAGACUGGUUCUCCAUGAUCUCUCACGGCCCGCCAGAGAACGUCAUACAGGGCCCCAUCCUGGACGAAGCGCCUUUCCCGGACGUCCUGGUCGCGAAAGCGUACUCCCAUGACGGAGAGGGGAUGGAGUUGGUGCUCUACUCUGGCAGGGAGAGCAGAAAAUUCCAGCUUGGGUUCACGAGGCUGAGGGCUGGGGAGUCGUAUAGCCUUGCCGGGGAGAAGAAGAGCGCAGAUAAGGAGGGGAAGGCGGUGUGGGAGGUGCGGUUGGAGGGAAGGACUGCUUUGGAUUUGGUGAAGCAUUGA